CUGAAAUUGAAGAAAGACGGCACGAAGUGAAUCUAAUGUUCAUGAAAGAUCUCAUAAAAUUUUCAAAUGACAUUCCAAAUGUGGCUUACGACGAAGACGAAUAUAACAUGGUGUUCAACUCGAUUGUAUGGCAUCGUCAGAAUGAUUUGCGGGAAUAUCAACAACCAAAAGUCGGACAAUGAAUAUUCCACUUGCCGUACUGUACUCACCACAAAUGCUGAAAAGCAUCGAAUCCGUCAUGCUGGGUCGAAUAGAUUGAACCAGCAAACCUAUGAGUUUUUAUUACGCGCUCAAAAAAGUUUCUCUCAAAGCGAUUGCUAUAUACUAUCCAUCUUAACAAAUUCUGCCUCGUUGGCUGACGCCAGGAAACGGGUCCCAAGUGACAAUGCGGAUUUAAAGCUCAAACUCCGAAUUGUGUAAUCGAUUUCUUCUCUGGGUCGCCAAGUCAUUCCCGCAACGAACAGAAUUAGUGAGGGCUAAUACCAGCACAUGCUGAUUCCAAUGAUCGUGUCCAUUAGUGAGAACGAUUUGCGUCAGUUUCUCUUUCA